AUGUCGCUUGCUUCUGUCGUGGCGUGCGGCACAACUCAAUUACAGACACGCCAGCAGGAUUCAUUGCAGGCCAUUGUUAACAAGCAUGUGCAAGAUCCAGCCUUGCGAGAGCUCAACAGCAGUCAGACCUCGACUGAGCGAGGCGUCCAGCGCUGGGAGCAGGAGCACCUGGUAUCUGCUCUGGACGUCAUCAAUGAGUACCAGCGCUCACGCCGCGCACGGGUCUUCAAAGCAUUGGGAGAUUUCGGUCCCAACUGGAGACGUUCCUACAAGAACGACCCCAGGACCCGUAUGUGCGAGCUUUUGAAAAGCUGGCUCCGUGCCAACGCUUCUAGCGGCUCGUUGGCUGAAGAGGAGGUCCGCAGUAUGUGCGGGCUCUGCCGUGAUGUCCUUAGCCAUCCACACCUUUUCCCUGCGCGAAAUCCGCAGAGCUUUCUCAAGAGCAUGGCUGACGUGUAUGACCAUCUGCAGUGGCAAUUGCAAGAGGUCCUGGAAAAAGAUCGGAGCUGCGCUGAACUUGCGCAAAGACUGAUCUCGCUCAGCCGCAACCUGGUUGCGGACACCAUCGCUUACCUGCUGCUGGCGCCCACCGACCUGAAGGACACGGAUGGGCUGCCGUCCUUGGAGGUGGUAAAACUCUGGCAGUCUCUCCCCGAUGAGGGCCAUCCGAUGCCGCAUCGGAAAGAUCCGGCCUUGCAGAAGUUGAUGUCUGAGGCCUGGAACACGCGCUGUGGCGCCCUUGUGGCGGCUUUGCUGCGGGCCCCGUGGUGUGUGCGACUGUUCGCGGGUGCGGACGCAGAAAACACUGCCAGACUGGCGGCCCUGGAAAAUGGGGAGGAUCUCUCACAGCCGCCCAGCGCCUCACUGCAAGUCCUUCUUCGGCAGGCCCGCAUCGCUUUCCAGAGUGGAAACUAUAAGAACAGCGGGCUUGUCGGUGCUCUUCGAGGAGAGCAGAACGCUCAGCGGGAAAACUUCAUGCAGGCGGUCACCCUUAUAUCAGACAUCAUGUAUCUUCUCGGAGAGGUUAUGGUCCAGUUCCACCGGAUCAGCGAUGGGCUGGGCGACUACGGCAUGAUUCGCGUGGCUCCAUGGCUACACCCGAUCUUGGACUCCCUCCAGGAGAAGGUGCAGCAACUGAAGGGCAACCUCGAGCAGCUUAGCACAUCUCUGGACUCUGCCUAUGUCUUGGCGCGGGCACGCGGACAAAAGAUCCAGAAGCCCGCGCCUUCUGACAGGAUGUGCGCUCGCGCUCGUGAUGCCCUGCAGCGUGCCUUGCUUGGCGGCACCAGCCAUGCAAGGCAGCUGCUCCAGCUUGGGGAAGAGUUGAGGGCGCGGUCCGCCCCGGAGCGUUUGCCCCACCUGGCUAAGGGCUUGGGCGACGCCUGCCUGACCCUCAGCGAGGUUUUGGUCUCUGCAGAGUUCCGGCGCCACGUUGGAGAUGCCUUCCCGCAACUCCCAGCGCUCACGGAUCUUGGAGCAGAGCCGGCCCGCAGCAAGGCCAAGGGAUCCCUGCCCGCCAUCGAGGAUGCAAAAAGGAGCCAGGCGCGGGCUGCAUCCGAGCGGCUGGCGCGUGCACGGACAGUGGACACGAUGUCGAUGGUGCGGGUUCGCACCGAGCCCAAGGCUGCUCAGGUCCUAAACACUCCUUGGACUGAUGCAGAUGUGCAGGAUACUGCCUCCACAUCCGCAACGCCUCGCACCAUGGUCCGGGAAGUUUCCCCAAGUUGCAGCAGCUGCUGCUCGGCUCAGACUGUUGGCGUCCCCACAAGUAGCCCGGUGCGGACCUUCGAGGUUAACCGCCUCACGUCAUUUGAGCCAUUGAAGCGACAUGAUCGCAGACGAAUCGAGAUACAACAUGACGAGCUCUUGAUCUACAGCACGGGCUCGCAAUCCAGAAUUAAAUCUGCAGUUCAGCUACCCGAAGGGGUGGAGCGUGUGUUCCUCCUAUCAGAUACGGUUCUUGAGGCUUGCUUCUCACUUACCCCGGCAGAUGCCCCACCAGGAAGCGGUGUGGUGCGCCCGAAGGACUACAUGUUCGAGUUCACCACACCAGAACAGGCCGACAUCUUUUGCGAGGACCUUUAG